GGUGGUGUGAGCUGGCAGUUCCGUCAUCGCCGAGUUCAAACAGACUGUGUGGAGGGAGAGGAGCUGUUGGCGACCCAACGAGACAGGCCAUGACAUCGACGUCCCUCUGUCGUUCAACCGCUCCCGUCGAUCCGCACCAUCUCCUAGUCUCUCUGUGAAGCCAAAAAAUGCCUUCUCUCCUGGUUGUCAUCUUCGUCGUCGAGCUACUCGUACAGCUUGUGAACACGUUUGGCGCAACGACGAUCAACAGCUUGCUAUGGCGCCUUUACAUCUCCCUCCCGACACCACUCGCCCGCGAGUUCGCCGAUCAGCGCAAGAAGCAGAAGGAGUACUUGGCUGUCCGGCAUGAUUUGAAUGCGACCAGCAGCCAGGACGAAUUCGCCAAGUGGGCAAAGCUGCGGCGGCAGCAUGACAAGCUACUGGACGAGCUGGAGAAGAAGAAGUCCGGUCUCGAAGCCACUCGAGCAACAUUCGACCGCUACCUCACGGCCGCUCGUCUAGUUUCCACCCGCGGCGUACAGUGGCUCCUCCCGAUGUGGUACGGCCGUGAGCCCAUGUUCUGGCUGCCCUACGGAUGGUUUCCCUACUACGUCGAGUGGUUUGCCUCCUUCCCACGGGCGCCGCUCGGCAGCGUCAGCAUUGUGGUCUGGCAGUGGGCUUGCACGGGGAUCCUGACGCUCAUAGUAGAGGCGAUAACGGGGAUCAUGGGGCUCGUCGCGGCGAACAGGCAGUCACGGAGGGAGAAGCAGAAGCAACCGGUCCCAGCGGCCGGGGCAGUAGCUGGAAGCAGCGAGGACAAGAAGGACCUGUGAAUACGCUGGGGCACGCCGAUUAGAAAAUAAUGUCUCUCAUCCAUUUGACGCAAAAGAUUCUUCAUGGCCGGAGCUGGAAUAUUGCAACACGACGUGAGAUGACUCUUGGCAGAGUACUUGGGCUCGCUCUAGGCAACACAUUGACUUCGAUCGACCAUGGAGAGGGCCGCCAAAGCUUCGAUAGUGCCAAUGGUGUCGAAACGGCAAGUCACAGAACGCGAAGUGGGUGCUGGAAUUGUGAUGUUGUAUUCGUGCGAUAUAUGGCUGAAAAACAGUUGUACAUGAGUGUGGCUAGCAUUGGUGUCGUAGAUUGUCAUAUGUUUGAGAGGUGCAGAAUGUUGAAAGUGAAGC